GCUGCAAGAAUGUGUCCUAUACCUUUCGUGUCAGUGAAAACUGUCACCAGCUUUCUGCAAAUCACGGUCCUGUUUCUAACGCCGUGAUCUGGCCGGUGACAAGUAUCCGCCGUAACUGCCCGACUGACGCACCUGUGUUGAGAACGACUUCUUUUGCGCGACGCGCACACGCAGUCGGCCAGAAUUUCGCUUCGUCCCGUACAUGAGCCAACACACACUCACACACGUCGCUCGCAAGAAGUAAACACCAACCGUGUUGACGCACGUGUUCACUGAUCCCAGAACUACAUUUACGAUUUACGACUCUAUUGAACCGGUUUUGGCCGAAUUGAAACUGAGAUUGCGCAUCACAGGCUGACAGGGGCAACAAUUUUUGGUGACAGUUGCUAAUAUCGCUACCGACAGGUAAGGAUGGCGAACAAGGGAACACGACUCAGUGCCCACUCGCUGUCGUCUCUUGGAUCCGACAAGACAGAAAGGGAGGGCCUGCUGAGUGAUUCCCACUCCCCCGAAAAAGACCCACCCAGUCCCGUGAGGAAAUGCAAAUCGUGGCAAGAGGUGAGUGCCAACCCAUGGCUGAACCCCAAAGCUUCCAAAAAAGUUGGCUUCAACGUGGACAUAGAUUCCGGCCACAUUAAGUUAGAAGUCAAAGAUCUAUUUUGUGAACUAUCAGAACUGAAGCGGUUCAAGGGCGUCGAACAUGAAGAAUGGAUGGAAACGGCAAGAUGGGUGAAAUUCGAAGAAGUUUUAGAGUUAGGCGGGAAGCGUUGGUCCAAGCCCCGAGUAGCCACUUUGUCAUACAAAUAUUUGAAGGAGCUGAAGGACAUACUGCACAAUGGAUCCGUCAUUUUGGACCUGGACGGUUCCAACAUGUUGGAAAUUUCCGACAUGCUGGCUUACAGACUAUUGAAGACCCAUCUUCACGGCAUUGAUCUGCAGCAGGUGAUCGAAGUUUUCCUGCGGAAACAUCAUCACCAACACGAGAAGCGGUCAAAAAAGCGACCUCCUACCGUGGACGUCAAUACACCAGGCGGAGAGCCAAAGUCCCCAAACCGUUCACGGGCGAACAGCCUGGUGGGUAGACGAGGGUCUAAAGGUCACAAUUAUAGUCGUAACCUGACUGCUUCGUUAAACCACCUUACCAAUUCGCCAAGCGACAACCGCACGCGGACCUCUUCCAUCUCGAAGAGUCUGAACAGCUUCCGGCUGGCCUCGGACACGGAUGAGGAUGGAGGGAUCGAGCUGGAAACGGAUGCUGAUGACCUCAUGGCGGACUCCGAGGGGGAGGCGGAACCGGAGUCUCCCCCUCCUCAAGAGGGGGAAGAGGAGGAGGGGGAGGGGGAAGAUGGGAGUCCUGGUCUCGCGCUGAGUAACCUGUACAAGCACAACAGAAACUUUCUGCGCAAGAUCCCCCAAGGAGCAGAGGCAUGCAACAUUUUCUCCGGGGGUGUGGACUUCCUGACACACCCUGUCUGCUUCUUAGCCCGUCUGUCGAACAGCACUGUUCUGGGAGAUAUGACCGAGGUUUCCCUGCCGACGAGGUUUAUAUUCUUCCUCCUCGGCCCGAAAGGCGGAGAGAACCCCAUCAACUACCAUGAACUGGGUCGGGUUAUGGGGACUCUGAUGUGUGACGAGGUAUUCAAAGAAGUAGCCUACAAAGCCAGGUCCAAGCACGAUGUUGUGCUGGCAAUCGAUGAAUUCCUGAGCAACACGACUUUGCUGCCCCCUAGUGAGUGGGAUCCUUCUAUUAGGAUAGAGCCCCCGCAGAGUGUGCCUUCACAGGCAAGAAGGAGGAAAGUCGUUCGACGCCAGAUGAAGCAUUCUCAUUCGCACCAGCACUUGCCAGAGGAACAGCAUUCUGACUCCGAAGAUGAAGCUGAGCAUGCGCGAGACUCCGGAAUCGGAGAAGAAUCUACUUUGUCAAGAACUGGAAAAUUAUUUGGUGGACUCGUCCAAGACGUAAAAAGAAAGAUCAAGUUUUACGUGAGUGAUGUGAAAGACGCUCUGCACAUCCAGUGUUUGGCCACAAUUUUGUUUUUAUACUUUGCUUGCCUUACAGCCAAUGUGACUUUCGGAGGACUACUUGGCAUUUCAACUGACCUUCAUAUGGCAAAUAUAGAGAACCUUGUGGCCGCUGGGUUUGUGGGGAUAACCUAUGCGCUAUUUUCUGGCCAGCCGCUCACUAUCAUGGGCAGUACCGGACCGAUGUUGGUCUUUGAAGGGGUUUCGUACAGGUUUUGCAAAGAAAACGGUAUUGACUACCUACCAUUCCGUUUUUGGGAGGGCAUGUGGACAGCGCUUAUUCUACUGACCAUCGUGAUCUUUGACCUGAGCGCCCUGGUCAGGUACAUCACCAAGUUCACCGAGGAAAGCUUUGCCAUGUUGAUUUCGGUGAUCUUUAUCGUUGAAGCUGUCGAGAAAUCUAUCCACAUCUUGAAAAAAGCUCCCAUUGAACUACACACAUUCUCGGCGGAUUAUUCGCAAGAAAGUUGUUUCUGUGAGUACCGUCCAAAUGUGACUCAAAGCAAUAUGACAACCAUGAGCAGCGGGUUCGUUCUUGCUGUUAAACGAGGAUGCGCCGACUUUGGAGGCGAGCUGAUUGGCGACGGAUGUCCCGACUCCCCUUACGUCCCCGAUGUGUUCCUUUUCUCCAUUUUGCUUUUCAUUGGGACAUUCACAAUUGCUAUGGCCUUGAAGAGCUUCAGAGGAAGCGGCUACCUGCCCUCUAGGGUGCGUUCCAUUGUGGGCGACUUUGCAGUUCCCAUAGCUAUCGCCAUCAUGGUCACCACAGACCGUAUUGUUGACAUUAAAACCCCAAAACUGUCAGUGCCGACCAAAUUCCAGCCAUCGAUUGAUCGCAAUUGGAUCGUCAACCCCCUGGGGAGCAAUGCAUGGUGGACCAUUCUAGCGGCAGCCAUCCCCGCCCUCUUGGUUUCUAUCCUCAUUUUCAUGGACCAGCAAAUUACGUCCGUGAUCGUGAACCGCAAAGAAAACAAACUGAAGAAAGGCUGUGGCUACCACUUGGACGUAAUGGUAUUGACGAUUCAGAUCGCAGUUUGCUCUGUAUUUGGGCUGCCCUGGAUGGUGGCGGCGACCGUGAGGUCAAUGACCCAUAUUAACAGCUUGAAGAUGACAAGCGAGUGCAGCGCCCCUGGAGAGAAACCUGAGUUUCUAGGAGUGAGGGAGCAACGCGUCACCGGAUUCGUGAUUUUCGUGUUGAUGGGCUUGUCUGUGUUCAUGUCGACAUACCUCAACUAUGUCCCUAUGCCAGUGUUGUAUGGGGUAUUUCUAUACAUGGGCGUGUCAGCACUAUUCGACAAAGAGCUUGUGCAGAGAGUACUGAUCGUAUUCAUGCCCAACAAGUACCAACCGGACUAUAUGUUUUUGCGGCACGUUAAGACGAGGCGUGUUCACAUCUUCACCUUAAUACAGAUCGUCUGCUUGAUUUUGUUGUGGAUCGUGAAGUCGGUGAAGGCUAUUUCUAUCGCUUUUCCGUUGAUGGUGUUACUUAUGUGCGUAGUCAGGAAGUUCCUUGAGAGAAUCUUUAACCAAAGAGAACUAUUUUGGCUGGACGAUCUGCUUCCAGGGCAGAAAGAAGCAGAAGGCAAAAAGAACGAGGAUGCAACGGAUGUAGAAGGAAAGGACAAAUUAUUGGACCGCGGCCUUUCCUCAGAUGAAGAAUACGGCAAUGAAAUAGUCAUCAAAAUAAACGAGAUGAAUGGAAAUCAGGGAAGCAAGGACACAGCUGAAAAAGAAAAAGAGAAAGAAACAGAAGCAAAUACAAAAGUAUAACAUGGUGGAAAGACAACUAAAUGUUUAAUGUAGUUAAAAAAACAAAAACAGUAAAUGCCGGAUUCACGUGACACACCGUUUUGAUUUAUCACAGCAGUGGUCCAGCAUUAAGAUCGUGUGGAAAUAUUUGGUUGCCAAAAUCAUCACACAAGUGACAAUGGACAUUAGAAUUAUCUUUCUUUUAAAGUGAAAACUGUAUGUCUCAUAAGAGUAGUCUCCUAACGGUAGGCAAGACCAUGUAUGUACCAUACUCUAAGCAUCUGUGCUUAUUUGUUCUACUAAUCAGAUGAUUAGAUGAUAUGUGGAAUUAGAGUAAGUAACAGCUUAUUUUUAAGCAGCUUAGAAAGCUGUUUUGCGGGCAAAAAUAGCAACAGUAUUCGGAUAAUCAGAGCUACCCAUGUCAUGUAAUCAGAUGAACAGUAAUACUCAGAAGAAAUC